UUAGAAUCUUGUUGUACAAUAUGUCAUGUCUUAGUUUGUUCGAGGAGAUUCGAUGAUGCUUUAUGCCUUAUGAGGAAGUUGAUGCUUGUAAAUGGUGUUUCACCAUUGGAAGUUUUGGAUGCUUUGGUUAGAAGUUAUGAAACUUGCCAUUCAGUUCCUGCUGUCUUUGAUACACUGGUUAAGGCUUGUAAUCAAAUUGGAGCCAUUGAUGGCGCUUAUGAAGUGAUCAAGAAGUUGAGAAUGGAAGGUUGCUGGGUUUCAAUUCAUGCUUGGAAUAACUUUAUGAGUCAUCUCUUGAAGUCUGAUGAGAUUGAUAGAUUUUGGAAGCUGUAUAAGGAGAUGUUGGCUUGUGGAUAUAUCGAAAAUAUAAACACCUUUAACUUGGUCAUAUAUGCUCUUUGUAAGGAAUUGAAAUUAUUAGAAGGGAUAUCGGUAAUUUAUUUGAUGUUAAAGCGUGGGAUCUGGCCUAAUGUUGUUACCUUUAAUAUGAUAAUUGAUGGAGCUUGCAAGAUGGGUGACUUGGAUCUUGCCUUGAAGCUUGUCAAGAAAAUGGGAGUAAUGUCAAGAGAUUGUAUUUUGCCAAACACAAUAACAUACAAUUCAAUCAUUAACGGUUUAUGCAAAACAGGAAGAGUAGCAUUUGCAGAAGAAGUUCGAAAUGACAUGAUUAAGGCAGGCAUUGAGUGUAAUGAAAGGACAUAUGGGACUUUGAUAGAUGGGUAUGCAAGAGGAGGGAGUUUAGAUGAGGCCCUGAGGCUGUGUAAUGAAAUGGUGGAAUGCGGCUUGAUGCCUAAUACUGUUAUCUACAACUCAAUUAUCUAUUGGUUGUACACCGAAGGUGAUGUUGAAGCAGCUUCCUCCGUAAUAUCAGACAUGAUUGAGAAAAGUAUACGUGUUGAUAAAUUCACCUACUCCAUCCUUGCAAAGGGGCUUUGUAAAAAUGGAUAUGUAACUCAAGCUUUUAAGUUUGUUAAUCAACUUCUUGGCAAGAACCUCAUAGAAGAUGCCUUUCCUCACAACAUUCUUAUGGAUUACAUGUGCAAGACUAGGAAUUUGGUAGGGGCGAACCAAUUAUUCUGCAGUAUGUAUGUUCGUGGAUUGACGCCCGAUCUUGUCACUUACGGUACUUUA